AUGGGUAUAAAGGGUUUAACGAAGCUGUUGGCGGACAAUGCCCCAAAGGCCAUGAAAGAGCAGAAAUUCGAGAGCUACUUUGGCCGAAAGAUUGCCAUUGAUGCUAGCAUGAGCAUCUACCAGUUUCUUAUUGUUGUGGGAAGAAGUGGGACUGAGAUGCUCACUAAUGAGGCUGGUGAAGUUACUAGUCAUCUGCAAGGCAUGUUUUCCCGGACCAUUAGGCUUCUGGAAGCUGGAAUUAAGCCACUCUAUGUUUUUGACGGGAAGCCUCCAGAUUUGAAGAAACAAGAGCUGGCAAAACGUUACUCAAAGAGAGCAGAUGCUACUGAAGAUUUGGCAGCAGCAGUGGAGGUUGGCAAUAAGGAAGACAUUGAGAAGUAUAGUAAACGGACAGUAAAGGUGACAAAGCAGCACAAUGACGACUGCAAAAGACUUCUAAGGCUCAUGGGUGUGCCUGUAAUUGAGGCUCCCUCAGAAGCAGAAGCACAGUGCGCUGCACUUUGCAAAUCAGGAAAGGUUUAUGCUGUGGCCUCUGAAGACAUGGAUUCCCUAACAUUUGGAGCUCCUAGGUUUCUUCGUCAUUUAAUGGAUCCUAGCUCAAGAAAAAUCCCAGUCAUGGAAUUCGAAGUUGCCAAGGUUUUGGAGGAGCUAAAUCUAACUAUGGAUCAAUUCAUUGACUUGUGCAUUCUUUCCGGCUGCGAUUAUUGUGACAGUAUCCGAGGGAUUGGAGGACAGACAGCUUUGAAGCUCAUCCGUCAACAUGGCUCCAUAGAGAAUAUACUGGAGAACAUAAACAAAGAGAGGUACCAAAUACCAGAGGAUUGGCCAUAUCAAGAGGCUCGGAGGCUUUUUAAGGAACCAGUUGCUUUAAGUGAUGAAGAGCAACUUGAGAUUAAAUGGAGUGCUCCAGAUGAAGAAGGACUGAUUUCCUUUCUGGUGAAUGAAAAUGGAUUCAACAGUGACAGAGUGACAAAGGCAAUAGAAAAAAUUAAAGCAGCCAAGAACAAGUCGUCACAGGGCAGACUAGAAUCCUUUUUCAAACCAACUGCUAACCCAUCUGUACCCAUUAAACGGAAGGAAACACCACAGAACACUGCCAAAGAACCUGCUAACAAAAAGCCAAAAGCUGGUGGUGGUAGAAAGAAGAAAUAG